AUGGACCUUGUUCCGCCUCUGCAUGUACCAUAUGCCUCGAGCCAGCUUCCUAUUGGAGGCGUCAUCAUUGGGACUGGUCUGGAUAGCAACACCACACCGCCCCAUAUCACGUAUGUUGCAGUGAACAACUUGCUCCUCGGAGGUCCUUUGGUAUAUGAUGACACUAAGUUAUUGGUUCCAGUGGUCAAGAUUGAUUCCACGAUACCGAUCACCAAGUUCGGGAUGGACAGCAUGUUGGCAGCCGAGUUCCGGACCUGGUCUUAUCAAACGCACAAGACCGAUAUUCCCUUCCUCAGCAUCUUGAACGAGGCGACAACGCUGAAGGGUCUAGCGGAGGUUGUCAAAGGAGGCCUGGAGGACAAGGUAUGA